GACACACGUUGGCACCACCAGAGAAGAAGCCCCGCGUUGCGAGUGUAAAUGGCGCAAUAGAAGUCACACAAGAAGCGCUGAAUUGCCUCUUGAUAAAUCAGGACGAAAUGGACAGCUUUAAAGGACAAGCAAAGGAUCGUUACGCGUUUUGGGAGACGCAACCAGUUGCUCAAUUCACGGAGGGCAGUGAACCGGCGGAAGACGGGCCAAUCGACAAGCCCAAGACGGUGCAGGAUGUGCGCCAGGAGCCGUACUCGCUACCUGACAGCUUCGAGUGGUGCGUGUGCGACCUGACGGACGACGCGGUGGCCCACGAGGUGUAUGAGCUGCUGAGUAACAACUACGUGGAGGACGACGACGCCAUGUUCAGGUUCAACUACUCGGCCGCGUUCCUCAAGUGGUGCCUGCUGUGCCCGGGCCACAAGCUGGAGUGGCUUGUGGGCGUGCGCGUCAAGACCAGCCGCAAGCUGGUGGGCUUCAUCAGCGCCGUACCCGCAUCCAUCCGCGUCAACGCCGGCCGGGUGCCCAUGGUGGAGAUCAACUUCCUGUGCGUGCACAAGAAGCUGCGGUCCAAGCGCCUGGCGCCUGUGCUCAUCAAGGAGAUCACCCGGCGAGUGAACCGGACCGACAUCUGGCAGGCCGCCUACACGGCCGGCGUGCUGCUGCCCAAGCCCGUGGCCACCUGCCGCUACUACCACCGCUCGCUCAACCCGCGCAAGCUCAUCGAUGUUGGCUUCUCGCGCCUGGCGCCCCGCAUGACCAUGGCCCGCACCAUCAAGCUCUACAAGCUGCCCGACAUACCCGUCACACCCGGGCUGCGGGAAGCGCGGCCCGAGGACGCGCCCAAGAUUGCCGAGCUGCUCAACUCGCAGCUGGGGCGCUACAAGCUGACUCAGCACUUCAACGCCGAGGAGGUGGCGCACUGGUUCCAGAACAUCGACAACGUGAUCAACGCGCUGGUGGUGGAGGACCCCGACUCGCCCGGCAGCCUGACGGACGUGGUGUCCUUCUACACGCUGCCCUCCUCCAUCCUGGGCCACCCCCAGCACACCGAGCUCAAGGCCGCCUACCUCUACUACACCGCCUCCACCGCCACGCCGCUCAAGCAGCUGGUGAAUGACGCCAUGGCGGUGGCUGCGGCGCGCGGCUACGACGUGUUCAACGCGCUGGACCUGAUGCAGAACGAGUCCUUUCUAAAAGAGCUCAAGUUCGGCAUGGGCGACGGCCAGCUGCACUACUACCUCUACAACUGGCGCCUGGGCGGCGGACACAGCCUGCAGCCGGGAGACGUGGGGCUGGUGCUAAUGUGAGGCGGGAGCUCCGGCGGUGGCAGGGCGGCAGCGGGCAAGGAGCAGGCGGCGAAGUGGCUCGCGGGUAGGAAAGAGGUGGACGGCGUUGGUUGCGGGCAGGGAAGAAGUGGGAGGGGUCGCGCGGAGUGCACUGCUGGGAACGCAGCAGGUUUUGCAGGUGCGGUACGGCACUGACAGGCAGGCGCGGCAGCCUACUGCUGCAGGCGGAGGUGGAUGGCUUGGGAUCAGGCGACUUGCCAGAGAGGACGCUGAGGGCUGAGGAGUUGAGGCACAGCGGGGGCACUUCGAAUAGGGCUGCAGGCGGCGGUGCGCCGGCGGGCGGGCGCCGUGGGCCUGACAUCUGGGGAGCGGGGUUUUGUACGUGGGCGUGAGCCCGAGCAUUGAGGAGGGUGGGUGCUGUGGUCUCAAGAGGUGGGCGCUGUGGUCUCAAGAGGGUGGGCGCUGUGGUCUCAAGGAGUCGCACUGAGCUGGCAGUGGGCGUGUGGGAGGUGGAGGCAUUCUAUAUGUUCUGGAGCAAGGUGACCGCACAGCUGUAAAAUGCACAAUUU